AUGGUUGCACUUGGAGAAGGAACCCAACCCUCAAAUGAGAGCAGAUCCAACACCAGUACCUUAUCAAAUGACGGCAAGACAAUCCAGAAAGCCGUCAGCAAACUAAGAAGUAUCUUGGGCAAGGUGGUAAAUGCAGACAAAGUGACUCCCCGACCUGCAGUUAUAGAGAAGGAUUACAAGAAAUGGAGCUGUUCAAAUAAAAAAGAGUACCAGAUUCCCUGCCUGAGGCACAGUGAUUUGUUUGACCUCUUCGAAUACAGAUUCUGUGUGAAAAUAGGAGAACAACUGGAGCGACUCUUCACAAUUCAUGAGAAAAAAAGACAGAACUGUGAUUUUAUGGUACCCUCUGACCUCUCGUCUAGAAUUGCCCAAGACGUCCUCCGUAUGUCACAGAAUGAGCCGUGUGGAAUUCGGGGAUGUGAACUGUUUAUCACCCUCCAAGACAAAUCCACGUGCCGGAAGAUGGGUGUGAUAGAUUGUGAUCCAUCGACAGUGGCCACAUUUGAACUGUAUUUGACUGUGAAAGUAGACAGGCGACCAUCGGCAAUAAUGAAGAGUAUGCUGAUAUCUAUAAAAGACCGCGUUGUUCAUGGUAACUCGAACACAACAAAGGUGCUUCGUCCGGACUAUCAGCUGACCAAAAGAAAACUUCACCGUCCAAACUAA